AGUUGUUGGAACAUAUUCCUAUACACCAAAAGGAAAGAGAAAGUAAACGUGAGGGAGAAGGUGUGAGUGGCAUGGCAUGAAAGAAAGUUAAGCUAGAGCAUUGAACUCCCCGACACUCUUGGUUUGUGAUUGUGUGUGUUGUGUGUUGACGUACAAACAAGUGAAUGGUUUUGCUUGCCAUCUACAACACUGCAAUCUAACCCAAGCAGCACCAUUCAUCAUACCUCAUAUUCUGAUGCACUAAUAUAAGACACUUGUGAUGUGAGUUGGUGUUGAGGGAAAGGAAAGAAUGCAUUGAGUUGGCGUCAUGAACAGAAGGAAUGUGAAUCCGCAUCAUCACCGCCGAGGUCACAGCUUCAAUGGAUUUGCCAACAUCAAUCUCUUAUCCAACACAAGCUCUUCCAAUGGGAAACUCUCAUUUGAAUCAGCAAAAUUGGUCACAAGUGGGAUUGAUGAUCUAUUGUCAUCCACUGAAGGAGGAAAGCAUGACUAUGACUGGCUUCUAACUCCACCCGGGACCCCUCAUUUACCAUCAUCAAAAGGUGAACCCAAACCAGCUUUGGGGCCUCCAAGAAGCAGUUUGGGUAGACCAACGUCAAACACUAAUGCCUCAAGGCUUUCAGUCUCACCAUCAGAAAACAACAAUCACAAUCAGCCUCACUCAAGAUCAUCAAGAAGCGGAUCAGUGACUCGCAGUCCAAAUAGAUCCUUUAACACAAGCCCUGCUUCAGUUUCAUCUCACAUUAGGCCACCCUCCCCCAUAACCCGUUCUCCAUCUGCAGCAAGGCCUUCCACUCCAACCAGAGCAGUACUACCUCGCUCACUUCCCACUGACACCACCAAAACUAGAACAACAUCACAAGGCUCAAGGCCAUCCACUCCUACCUCCACUCGCCGCCAUUCUCCACGGCCGCAGCCGGUUGUUCCGCCCGAUUUCCCCCUUGAAACACCACCAAACCUCAGAACAACAUUGCCUGCUGAUAGGCCUGUCUCUGCAGGCAGGUCCCGUCCUGGUGCUGUUGUCACUCUUCCUCUGAAGCCAAACUCCGAAACAAGGAUACAGCCAUCUCCUAUUGUCAAUAGGGGGAGACUGUCUGAGUACACAGCAAAAGGCCGUUGCCAUACCAAUGCCUCUCAAGUAGUUGCUCAGAAAUCUCUUAAGUCUUCAACUACUGCCACAGACAGCAAUGGACUCGGUAGGACCAUCUCAAAGAAAUCAUUGGAUAUGGCUAUUAGACACAUGGAUGUGAGGAAUAGCUCCAGAACUCUUGGUUCACUUUCAAGCGCCACACUCUAUCCUCAGAGUAUUAGAACUUCAACUCCCAAGACACAACACACUCGAGGAUUGAGUGUUCCAUUAUCAAUGAACUUCAACGGAAGCUUCCAAAGCAGAAACAUUGGAAACGGCAGCAAUAGGAUAAAAGGAAGAGAGAGAGAUGAAAAGCAAAACAUGGCAAAAUUGAGUGACGUAGAUAUGUAUGAGAGUUAUCGUUAUGAUUCACUAUUAUUUAAAGAAGAUUUGAACAACACAAACUGGCUGCGUAGUGUUGAUGAUAGAUGUGACCAAGGACCCAUCUUUGAUAAUGGAUUUGAGUCCCUGCCAGAACCUUUUGGACUCUUGUAGCAUUCACAAGCUUCUCCUUGCCACAUUUCUAAUGUGGUAUUUACAUCUUAAUUGUCAUUUACCAAAGAUCCAUUAUAAAAUGUGUGGAUUUAACUUCGAUCCUACUAGUGAGUACUAAGCAAACAUUUAAUGUCACACAAGUUGAAUCUUUGAUCUGUAUAAAAUAUUGUUUGUAUAGAUUUUGUCGUAUCAAUAUAUGUAUAUAAGACAAAACUUAAAUACAGAUCUUAGUUCUUUAAGUGUGAUUGAUGUUAAUUAGAAUUAGAAUUUUACUUCAA